UUGUGUCGUUAGUCUAGUUUCAAAUCAAAUCACAGUGAAGGAUGAUAGAUAUGAGACUGAAUUGUCACAUCGAUUUCUGAAUUUGAAUUCCAUCAAAACACACCGACACUGGAAUCCUGGAUGGCGACUUAAAAAAUCAAAACUACCCUGUAAGACCCUGCAUCUCAAUCUUAAAGAUACUCAAUCCGCUCAGGAUUCUGAAGUUUAUAGUGAAGGAGUUUGGAGAGAAGCUUCACCAAUCUCUUAUUCCGCUAUUCCUUUAUCAUCACCUCCAACCAAGAAUAACAUCAUCCCAAUGAAUCGACACGAAAGAAUCCAAACCAAUGAAGACUCUAAUCAUUCUGAAGAUCCAGGUUCACCUUCUUCAAUCCAACCACUUAAUGAAUUCCAUCAUCGAUCUAAAUCACCUUCUACCAUCACCACUCAAAAUCGAUAUGAUCCUCAAAAACAUGAAGAAGAAUCAGUGAUCAAAGAAACUUCAAAUCGAGCGAAAUCAUCGGAUUCUCCCUCUUCUUCUAAUUCUCAAACUUCUACUCCUGAUGGUACAUUUGAUCAUAUCCUCUCUGCCAAAGUCAGUAAUUGGGAUCAGUUAACACUUUAUGAACGUAAGGCCAGUUUGAUAGAUUAUGAACUUGAUUUACUGGGGAUGGGAAGAUAUCAAUGGUCCAUCUUCUGUUUAUGUGGUUUCGGUUUCUUUUUAGACCUGAUGUGGGCACAUGGGUUUUCAAUCAUUGCAGCUUCAUUACAACAAGAAUUCGGUUUGAAAGAUAGUCAAGUUACCAAUUUGUUUACUUCCUUUGCUGUCGGCUUAACAUUUGGAGCAUUCUUUUGGGGUUUAUUGGUGGAUAUGAUUGGUCGGAAGUGGUGUUUCAAUUUAACUUGUCUUAUCUCUUCUGGUUUUGGUUUGAUACUACCUGUCUUUGGUAAUUUCGACCUUAUUGUGUUUUUUACGGCUUUGAUUGGUACUGGUGUGGGUGGAAAUAUACCUGUAGAUGCUACUAUUACUCUUGAAUUCUUACCUACUAAUCGAAGAUCGUUAUUAGCUACACUUUCAGUCUUUCAACCUGUAGGAGUAGUAGUAGCUAGUGUAUUGGGAUUAGCUUUUAUUCCUCAAUUCUCUUGUUCAGAAAAACUGAAAAGUUGUGCAUUAGAUGCAACAGUUGAUUGUUGUCAUCGUUCAAUUAAUUAUGGUUGGAGAUAUUUAAUGUGGACGAUUGGUGGGAUCACAAUGAUUGUCUUCUUAGGUCGAAUUUUACUUUUUACUUUUCAAGAAAGUCCAAAGUUUUUGAUUUCUAAGGGAAAAGAUCAAGAAGCAUUAAGAGUUCUUUAUUCGAUUGCAGCUUUCAAUAAACAACCAGUACCUGCAUUAACUUUGAAAGAUUUUCAACAUUUAGAAACUCAAUCUUAUGCUUUUAUACCUGAACCUAAAACAGGUUGGAUCCAUAAGGCUGAUCAUUUAAAAGGUUUAUUCAAGAAUCGAAUCGUUGGGAUCACUACUACAUUACUUUGCCUUGCCUUUAUGGCAGACUUUUGGGCAUUUUCGAUCGCUGGUCAAUUCUUACCACUUGUCUUGGCAAAGAAAGGAGCUUCGCAUAACUUAUCUCGUGAAAAGACCUACAUAAAUUACAUUAUCAUUUACUCGGUUGGAAUCCCAGCAGCUCUCUGUGCAAGUGUUUUAAUUGAUAUACCAAAUGUAGGAAGGAAAUGGGGAAUGGUCCUUUCAGCUUUUGGAAUGGGAAUUUCAUUAUGUUUAUAUGCGAUUGUAGAUGAUUUGACUACUGAAGUGGCUAUGAACGCAUUAGAAUAUUUUUUCCAAACUUUGUUAAAUGCUAUCCUUUAUGCUUUUACACCUGAAGCAUUUCCAGGCCCAAUACGAGGAUCAGCGUGUGGAUUAACUUCAACUUUAGGAAGAUUAUCAUCAAUUAUAGCACCAAUUGCAGUCAGUUCAGUAAUAGAUCGAUCAACCAAUACUGUACUUUAUUUAGCUGGUGGAGGUGCUAUUGUGGCUGGUUUAGCUUUGGCUGGUUUACCUUUUGAAACUAGAGGUCGAUCUGUUUUUUGAUUUUUUUUGAUAUUUUGGCGUGGAGGGGAUAUAUUUGUAUGCUUUAAUCAUGGUUGGAAGGGUGAUGUGGAUGACGCGCAAAAAAAACGGGAUUUGUUUGGUUUUGUCUGUGAUUAUUUAUUAAUUGUAUAUUACGUAUUCUUUAGGAGGUUGCAAAUGGGCUGGGUUUUGGAUUGGUUUGAAUCAUGUAUUAUUAAUGAUUUGUUUGAAAGAUGAUCUAUGGUUAGAUAUAUUCUUUAUUUAUACAUCUUUUUUUAUCUAUUGAGAAGAGAGAAAAACCUUUUUGAUAUUCAGGAAAGGUUUAAUCGGUUUUUGGAAUUUCC